AGGUCAACUGUUAAAAAAGUCAUACAAUUAACACUUUUCAUUUCAAGUGCAUUGUAAGCAUAUACAUACAAUCAGUUUGCAGAUGUUGUGGCUGAAGUCUUGACAUAAGCAAUCAAAAUCUUCAUGAGAAUGACCUCUCACCAUGGAAAAAACAGCAUGUUAAGAAAUAAUAUGUGGGGUCUCAGACUUGGUUGGCUGACCUUGUCAUAGUUACAAGCAUAGUAAUAGAAUGGAACUUAACCAUUUUAUUGGAAUAUUGAUGUAAACGCAUGACUUAUGAUGGUCCCCAUAUUGGAAAACAAUGAAGCAGGCUCAUGACAAGUUUAAAUCUAAGUUUUAUAAUUUCAGUUUUUAUCACUAAAUGAUAGACAAGUCUUCUCCAAUGAUUCAAGUCACUGCCUUGUUGCUCUGACAGUCAUGUGUAACUUAUGGUUAAUCAUGAGAUUGGAAAACGCAUCUAAAAUUCAGAUUUUCAAUGAUUGCUCCAGGCACAGCUGGUAACCACUGAAAUGUCAACUCAAGGGAUUAAAGAAAAAGGAUGCAAGAGAGAGAAUUGGAUUCACCAUUUUCAUGGAACCCAAAGGUAGAGUAGACCCAAGUAAGAUUAGUGAAAGAGUUACAAAUCUCAUGUUCAGUAUUUCUUAUGUUGUUCCAAAUAAUCUAUCAAAAUCAAAGUUAUUUUGUAACAUUUCAUAACCUACUAGCUUAUUUACAAUGAGUGGUAGUUGGUACCACUUCCAAUCCCCAAAUACUUGGGGAUAAAUCUUUGCUACUUGCUACUACUUAACUUAUUUGCAAGUUAUUGCUGUGGUUAUUGUCAAUAUUAUGAAAAAAUGUGAUUUGGAUUAUCAUUUUAAACACUACUAUAUAGAAUUAUAGUUUUAGUAAUAAAGUAUCUUACGGUAUAUUUCGUUGAGGCAUUUAAUCCCAUUGAUGUCACACUGUGUGAAGUUGCCUGAAACAGCUAAAAAUCCAGUUCUUCAUGGCAACUCUUAAGAUUGAUUCUCUAUAGGUCUGUGACAGUAGUCAGUUCACUGCACCACAGAAUCCAAUCCAACCAAAGUCUUCCUUAUUAAAGAUAAGGAUGCAGAGCAGUGUCAUUGCUCUACGAGGCACUGUGAUGGCUGCUACAAACAGUGAACUCGAACCUAUAUUGCCAUCAAGAAACACUUCUGCGAGAUAUGACAGUUUGGGAACUCGGAGUUUAUUUCCUGCAGUCACACAUGGACCAGAAGCAGAAGGAAACUGCGCCAACAGGAGACCAUCAGAAACAGAUAACAGUUUUUCCACAAAUUUGCGCAACAGAUUUCGCUAUCUGAGGGACACCUUGCAGAACUUCAGAACUCACCCGACCAGUCUCUACGUGUCUCGCUACUUUGUCCUGUCGUGCCUGGCACUGCUGCUAUGGGGAAACACAUUCAUCAUGGUCGGAAACGCGGCGGGUCCGAGCGGACAGCUAUUCAGGAUCGGAGUGCUCGGCGUUGCGGCGUACCUAGCCGGCUCCGUCGUGCACACCAUUGGUUUGCCUCCACUUCUCGGCAUGCUGCUAAUGGGAACUGUGCUCAGGAACACGCGAUCCGUGGUGAUUUCAGGCCGAUACUUGGCCCUUGCAGCCGAUCUCAGAAAGGUCGCCCUGGUGAUCAUCCUAAUUAGGGCGGGACUUGGACUGGACCCUAACGCCCUGAAGAGACUGAGUGGCAUGGUGAUCAGACUGGCGGUGAUCCCCUCUCUCGUGGAAGCAUCUUCAGUCGCUGUAAUGUCUCACUUCUUGCUCGACUUGCCUUGGAUCUGGGGUUGUCUGCUCGGGGCAGUGAUGGCAGCCGUGUCUCCAGCAGUGGUGAUCCCCUGUCUCUUCAGCCUGCAGGACAGAGGUUACGGCAAGUCGAAGGGAAUACCGACCCUGGUGAUCGCUGCUGCAACUUUCGAUGAUGUCAUAGCCAUCUCUGCCUUCAGUGUUGUGCUCAGCAUCAUAUUUUCCACAGGUGACAUUGUCACGUCAAUAAUACAGGGUCCCUUGGGACUAAUAUCUGGUUUCAUAUUUGGAAUUCUUUGGGGACUGCUGAUUCGUUACGUUCCGGAACGACAUGAUCGCUUCGUGGUGAUUCUUCGCACGCUCCUGCUGGGUGGAGGAGGUCUGCUGCUGCUUUUCGGCAGCGAAGCUGUUGGCUACGACGGAGCAGGGCCGCUGGGCUGCGUUGUAGCAGCGUUCGUGGCGAAUCAUGGCUGGAGAACCCAGGGAUGGGCCGACGAGUCUAAUCCUGUAGCAGAGAACUUUGCAGUCUUGUGGUCCAUCUUCCAGCCUCUUCUGUUCGGUUUAAUAGGAAAUGAGAUCGAUUUUUAUUUCCUAGAUCUGAGAACCGUUGGACUGGGAGUGGCGUGCUUGUCGGUGUCACUUGCCGCGAGAAUUUUAAUUUCAGUAGUUGCAGCAUCCGGUGGGAAUCUGACCUUGAAGGAGAAGUUGUUUGUUUCGUGGGCGUGGUUUCCCAAAGCAACAGUACAGGCCGCUAUUGGACCAGUGGCUCUUGAUAUCGCAAGGAAAAUCAAGUCAGUUGAAGAUGAGGUAUACGCGAGUAAGCUGUUGAUUGUUGCUGUGUUGGCCAUCCUGAUCACCGCACCAGUCGGUGCCACUCUUAUCACAGUGCUCGGGCCAAGGCUGCUGGAAAAGGAAGAAGUCUCUGAUGCCAGCACGUCUCCUGAGAUUCAGAGCAGCGAGAGUGUUGCGGGUCGCCAGACCACUGACUUUUGUUAGAGCAGUGACCUUAGCUUUGGAACUGUUCUGAUUUCGAAGAAAGUUUUACACCACCUGCACAUAACGAGUUUUAUUUAACGAAUAUUUAAGCUAAUCUUUUGGAGUAAUUAAAACCUUUAUCUUUAUGACUAAUGAAUUCUUGCUGAAAUCUAGUGCUUCAAGUCAAAUAUAAUAUCCUUUAUCUCUAGUAAAUCAUCACCCAGAGCAGCUAAACAGUGCCUCUUCGUUUUUCUUUUCCCAACACACACGCGCUCGUCCCUAAAUGAUGUAUACACAUUGCAAUACGGAAUACGAACCUUGUUAUCGAUUUCGCUUGUUGAAUUUACGAGGGGACCUAGUUUGCUAUGCACUCAUCAGAUGGCACCGCAGUAUCAUUUCCUAUGAUUCAGACCGAUGGCUAGGACGUAUAGGAUUUGACGAGCACCCACGCCUGACUUUGUUUUAUGGGGUUACUUGAAGGACGCGGUGUGCAGCACAAAGCCAGCAACACUUCAAGAGCUCCUCCAAGGACGGUCUUGCGCAGUCGUCCCAGCAGCAACAGCUUUGUAGCCACUUAUUAGCCAGUUGCGACGAAGCUAACGGUGGUCAAUCUAAACAUCUGCGCUAUAUUCACCAAUUCAUGAAGUGCCAGUGCUGAUGUGUGUAAGGGUUUAAUCUAUUUAAAUGUAUUUAUUUUAUUCAUUGAAUGUGUACGUCUUUUUUUGGGGGGGGUGGGGGGUCAUUCUGUAUAUAUGUAUAUUAUUUUCACAUAAACACAGAUGAUAUUGCUUUACGAAAUAAGGAAGCAUUUCUUUUAUAUGUGCGUUAAAAACAGUGGUUUAAACGUGUAUCAUGCUUUAUUAACCGGCUAGAGUUGAUGAAUUCUUUUGAAAUCCGCGUUUCACAUUCUCAGUGAGUUCAACCGUCCAACAUUUGUGAAUAAGCAAGAAAUUUUAAACAUACUCCUUCCUCUUCAGGACCUCCCUUUUUGAGGCACUACUCAGCGUCUUGUAAUUUGUUCUCAAAUACAAACCUUUUACAAGUC